AUGGACGAAGAAAAAUUAUGUAAACUCUUCUCUACAUACGGUACGGUUACCGAUUAUAAAAUUGCAAGAGAUCAAUACAAUCGUUCAAAGGGAUUUGGUUUCGUUAGUUUUUUGCAGUCAUCUAUGGCGGAAAAUGCUGUUGCAAAUCUUAACAAUUUAAAAUUAGAUAAUGGAAAAAAUUUAUAUGUUUGUUUUUUGCCUAACAAACAAAAUCAUCAUAAAAAACAAAGAGAAACAUAUAUUAAAUCAUAUGCAGAUCGAAAUAUCUCCAUGAGUUAUAUGAAUGAAAAUAUUGAUGAUCGAAAAUUAAAUGAAACAUUUACUACAAAUGGUAAAAUCAGAAGUGCAACGGUUACAACGAUAAAAGAUCGAUCACAAGAUUAUGGAUUUGUAAAUUCUAGUACAACUAACGAAGCUAUAGAUGAUAUGAAUGGAAAAGAACUUAAUUCAAAAUCACUCGAUGUAAAGACGAACAAAAGUUCAAAGAAAAGUCGAGUAUCUGCGUUUCAUCGAUAUACAAAUAUAACUUCAUUUACGCGAAGUCAACGAUCAUCAUCUGCAUCAAGUAGUUUAUCCCGACUAUCAACUAGAAUACAUUCAUUGUUCAAAGAUCAUCCAUUUCAAUACGAAACUGUGGAAAAUUCAAACAUUAACCGCCGAUCUUCUUCAUCUAAUUCUCUUAGUAUAGAAUUCAAUCAAGAAAUAAAUCAUCGGAAAAAUACUACGUCGAAUAAUGAAAAUGAAAAACAUGAAUCUGAAAUUUGA